UUUUCCUUCCACAGUGCGUGGCAGAGAAGAAACGGAGAAACCGUUGGGUCCUCCCCAUCGCUGCUGCUGCAGCGUAGUGGGCUCGCUUCGACCCUGGCUGCUUCUUUUAAUAAGCAGCCGCGAACCCCCUGAAUUAAUCUGCAUAUUCACAUGAUCGCAAAUGACCCGCGGCCGGGGCUCCGGCGGCAGUUCCUCGAGUCCCCUGCGGCCGGCCGGAGCAGCAGGUAGGGGACGGCGGGCGGGCGGGCGCUGGCCAGCCGCCGGGCCGGGAGCCGCGCCACCCCCCCGCCCGCGCCCCCGGCCCACCCCGGGCCGCGCCGCUCACCCGCGCCCGCCGGGCAGGCAUGAGCGACGGAGCGGCCGCUCCGCGCCGCGGUAAGUGUGGACGUCUGUGUAAGUGUGAGAGCAUCAUGGUAGCGUUCAAAGGAGUCUGGACUCAGCCCUUCUGGAAAGCUGUUUCAGCAGAAUUUUUGGCCAUGCUCAUUUUUGUACUUCUCAGCCUGGGCUCCACAAUCAACUGGGGUGGAGCAGAGAAGCCCCUGCCUGUAGACAUGGUCCUUAUCUCCCUCUGCUUUGGACUCAGCAUUGCAACCAUGGUGCAGUGCUUUGGACACAUCAGUGGAGGCCACAUUAACCCUGCUGUGACCGUGGCAAUGGUCUGCACGAGGAAGAUCAGCCUCGCCAAGUCUGUCUUCUACAUUCUUGCGCAGUGCCUGGGAGCCAUCGUGGGCGCAGGCAUCCUUUACCUCGUCACACCACCGAGCGUCGUAGGAGGCCUGGGAGUCACUGCGGUACACGGAGAUCUUUCCGCUGGCCAUGGACUCCUGGUGGAGUUGAUAAUUACAUUCCAGCUGGUUUUUACUAUUUUUGCCAGCUGUGAUUCAAAACGAAGUGAUGUCACUGGUUCAGUAGCUUUAGCAAUUGGAUUUUCUGUUGCAAUUGGGCAUUUAUUUGCUAUCAAUUACACUGGUGCCAGUAUGAACCCUGCUCGAUCAUUUGGACCUGCUGUCAUCAUGGGGAGAUGGGAAAACCAAUGGGUAUAUUGGGUGGGACCAAUAAUAGGAGCAGUCCUUGCUGGUGCUCUUUAUGAGUACGUCUAUUGCCCAGACGUUGAACUCAAACGCCGUUUUAAAGAUGUCUUCAGUAAGGCUACCCAGCCGUCCAAAGGGAAGUACAUUGAGGUGGACGAUAACAGGAGCCACGUGGAGACCGAUGACCUGAUCCUGAAAUCUGGCAUAGUUCAUGUGAUUGAUAUUGACAGGGGUGAGGACAAGAAGGGAAGAGAUCCAUCCAGCGAGGUGUUGUCUUCUGUAUGACUAGCAAGAAGCACUGAAAGCAGAGAGCAGCCUGCUAGCACAUCCACAGAUAUCCUUCCACCUAUUAAAGAAACAGAUCUCCUCUAGACUGAGCAUCUACCAUUUCUUAAAAGGUAUGGUGUGGGAAGCUGCAUGGUAGUGGUGUCACCAAACCAUACACCUGCUCAGUUGAAAGAUUAGGACUUUGCUAUAAUUAGGAUUCCCUGUCUAUUGUUCCAAAUUAAGCGCUGGUCCUAGUAUUUUCCUUUCCUUCUUUCUGAUGCAACCCCGAAGUCCAAAAGAGACAAAAGCGUUCUCCUUCAAUAAAUCAGUCAAUAAUGAGAUAGAGACGUUUAACAUUCAGAUUGACAGUUAAGACAUAUCGGGAAAUGCCUAUAGACAUGAAGACCUACUUAUCAGAUUGUUCUUCUGACACUUAAUUGGCUGUUGUCAGCUCCAGUUAGAACAUCUUAUCCAUUUAGUGUCCUCUGCGAGGUUCAGGAAGAGCACCAACAGUAUUUAAGAGUUUUAUCCACAGUCAAGCAAAGGAGUAUGGUUUUUAAUCGUGUACAUCACUAUUGCCUUUCAAACUACCUCUGAAAACCUGAUACUUUAGUAGGUUAAAAAAAUAAGAACUCUACCAACCCAUCAAAUUUCACUUAUGUGAUUUGCAGUGUAAAUAUACUACCUUCAUCCCUUCCCAAGAGUAAACACGGUAAAUUGAAUGUUGAAGUCUACUGUAAUAAUGCUGCAAAGCAUUUGACCGUACUUUGUGGUCCCUUUUGUCAUUGUCUAUCUGGUGAAACAUUCUCCUGGGGUUUGACUAUUGACCAUUUAGUGUUAGCAGACUCUCAAGUUGUACAAAGGAUAUAAAGGCCCUCCUGUUACUCAAUAACUCGAGAGAUAUCAGAAGACAAGAAGGCAUAUCUGUUUUCAGUGCACUUGUUCAAAUACACAUCUCUGUGCUAAUUUAUGUAAACUAAAUCUUAAAUUACUUACCUACUUUCUUACAAGAUGGUUGGAGAUAUGGGGGUUUUAAUUUAUUAGUAAUGUAGAAGGUUUUUAACAUUUAGCUGUAUUGAAACACUGGUUGGGAAAUAUUUUUUUAUAAUGGAUGAUAAAAAAAUGACUGCUUCUGGCUUUUUGCUGUAACUGAUGCCUAUUUGAAUGGGAUCCAUGAUUGUUCCAGUGUUCAUAUAGUCUUAAUUACACCUCUGGCAAAGGUUUCUUUAUCUGUUGUUAGGAAAACAUGCAAGCACUUGCAGGGUAUUUAGGGAGAAGGGGACAUGAGAUAUGUGCAGUAAUGAGUCUUUCCCUCAUAGAAGUAUUUUGACAGACAUAAUCACCCUAGAAGAACAUUUCUGAAAAGCUGUUACUGACUUACUGCUUUUGUUUCUGAUCAGUGGCUUUGAGUUUUACAAUAUGCAGCUGCAGAGCCGUCAGGAGCAUGGUAUUAUUACUGUAAUUAUGUAGUUUUUAUUUUGAAAUUGAAAAGCUACUCCUGCCUAUUUAGCAAUAAGUGGGGAAAAAAAGCAUUACUCCUGACUGUGGACUGUAAUAGCCUUGUCUGUUCUUUGACACUCUACAUGCAAUCUUUAUUACAGGGAAUUAGAUGUUUCUAAUGAGAUAAUAAACCACUGCUACCCUCAAAUCUGUGCAGUGUGAUCCAAGGGCUAUUCUACUAUCCCAACUUGCAGCACUGUAUAGUCCCAGCAAGCCCUGCCAUACUCAUUUUCCAAGUUUCACUUUUCCUCUCUUAAAGCCUGUUAGUGUGGCACAAGUUCCCUGUAUUGAGUGUGAGAUUCAUGACUCCCUCAUGCAUUUGCAGCUGGGCCGUGAUCUCUCCCUUAUUCCACCCAGGCACAGAAUGUAGCACACGCAGGUGCAGGACGGGGCUUCCUUGGGUGACCCAACGACAGCCCCACUCUGAUGCGUGAGCCCUCCUGCCAGACACGCUCCCCAUCACAUACCUGUUGCAGCAUCACAGCAGGGGCUGCCUGUUAGGUCUGAUAGAAUGGCUGAUGUUUGUCCUUAGCUGUGCCUCCCUGCAGUGACGGCAUCAAGGUUCAAGGGUGUCAGCAUGGGUAGGGACCUGCAAGGGACAAGGUAAAAUUGCCCAUAAGAGCUCCUUCCUGCAGCAAGGACUAAAUCUGCUGGGGAAGGGCAACACAGAUGUGGUGUUUAGACCCCUGACUAUCUCUGCUCAGAUGGGUAAAUACCUUGCUAAAUAGGUUCAAUGAGAAGGAUCAAAACUUGUGGGGGUAUUUUUGGCCUAGGCAUUUGUUCUGGCUUUUUUAUUUCUUGUUCUUUGUUUUCCUUUUUUUUUCUUUUUUUUUCUUCAGAUUCUGCAUUUGUUAAAGGGACACUUUCAUUAAACCUUUUGCAUGGCUUAAACAGAUAAAGUAAAGAGUAAUACAUAUAGCAGUGGUGGAUUUUUAAGCAAAGGUUUGCAUUUUUAUAUUUAAAGACAGUCCUUAGAAGCUCUUAAUUUGUGAAUUUUGCAUGGUACUGUGUUAUUUAAAUAAGAAGCUGUGAUUUGUUUUACCCUUAAGGGUCCUUUACACAAAUGGCUUGAUGUGUAUUUUCCUCACUCAGCCUGAUUCUGCUGCUGAGGUGAGCAUAGUGUGAGCACAGCACCACCCACCUCACUUAGGAGGAUCUUUUUCCUUGAAACACUCUGUAUUAAUGAAGUGUGGCAAAACCUCAGAACCAGUCCCAGGAGAACUUGUUGCUCAGAGAGUAUCGGAGAUAAGAUACUGAGGCAUCUGAAACAAUUAGGGAAAAGAAGGGAAGGUAAAAUAGAGAUCACUAGACAUUAAAGGAUGUUUCCAUGCCACUGGCCAUUGGUCAGAAAAAGCAAGGUCUACUUCUGCUCCCACAUAACAAGACUCGUGGGGGAGUUCGUUAUUGACUGCAAUGGAAACGAUCCCGAGCUUUUUUGGGGCCUGAUGGCUUCUCUCAUGGACUUCAACUGUGUUUUUUCAAAAAUCAGAGCCUUUCAGCAAGACACUUAAUUCUGGAAGGAGACAUGUUCAACUUGAAAUUUAUUGACCCACUCUAAAGUAAACCUUUAGGAGCAGCCAUCAUCACACCCUGCCCCACCACGAGAGAUCACCAUUCAUGUAAGGGAAUGUUUUUCUUCAGUAUCGCUUAGGAUCUGAUUUAGCUUUGACAUGUAGCGGUAUGUGCUUCUCUAAGUUGUUUUGCAGUGGUAUCAUCGCUGUACAAUAGCCACAUUUGGUUAAAUAAUAAGACUUUGUCAUGGAUUGGAAAUAUUUGUGCUUUAAUAUGAUUUUAAAAUAUGUAUUUUAAUACUGUUUGAGUGAGAUUUAUGUCCUAAAGAUCUUCAGAUCUAAACAGUACCUCAUAACAUAACUUGGUGUCCUCGUAAAGUGUUUUUUGGUUGGGGUGGGAAACGGUAAAUGUCCUUUGUUUAUGACAGUGGAUGGAGAUCACAGGAAGUCUGCCAGGCAUGUCGUCAUUCCAGGGUCCUAAAAAAACACAGAUGAGUCUUGCACUCAUCCAUGAAGGCACAAUUGUUUCCAGUUCUGUAUCUGUACCGUAACAAACAUAUUCAAAGUAGUUAAUUACUGGAUUUCAGAAAAGAAAGGAUGGAAGCUAAGGGUGGUUACACUGAGGCACACAAAUACCUUUCGAGUUGCAGGAACGCUGAGGAGUUUGUCACCCAGAUUCUGACUAUUCUCAGGAGGGAAAAAAAAAAAAGAAAAAAGAAAAAAGAAA